GGGAGCGUGUGACGCCGCAGGCCGCGGCGGAGCUGGGGAUUAAUGGGAAAAGUUUUGGCAGGAGCUGGGGGAUUCUGCGGAGCCUGCGGGACGGCUGCGGCGGCGGCGCGGGAGGCGACCGGGACAGAGCUGUGCAGUGGUGUGGGUAUGCACGUGGCACUCACUCAGUGGCUCCUGCUCACCGACAGAUGAAGACGAACCCACGGUAAAGGCGGUCCAUCUGCGCUCAGACCCAGAUGGUGCCAGAGCUAUGACCAGGCCUGCAGGCGCCACGCCGAGUGGGGGUCAGCCAUGGAGCAGCCACAGGAGGAGGCCCCUGAGGCCCGGGAAGAGGAGAAAGAGAAAGUGGCCACGACUGAAGGAGCCCUGGAGCUCAACGGGGGACCAGAGCACAUGCUUCCUUCCGGCAGCUGCACAGACCUCUCCCAGAAUUCCUCUCCUUCCUCCCUGCUGGACCAGCUGCAGAUAGGCUGUGAUGGGGCCUCAGGCGGCAGCCUCAACAUGGAGUGCCGGGUGUGCGGGGACAAGGCCUCGGGCUUCCACUACGGGGUCCACGCAUGUGAGGGGUGUAAGGGUUUCUUCCGCCGGACAAUCCGCAUGAAGCUGGAGUACGAGAGGUGUGACCGGAGCUGUAAGAUCCAGAAGAAGAACCGGAACAAGUGCCAGUACUGCCGCUUCCAGAAGUGCCUGGCGCUCGGCAUGUCGCACAAUGCCAUCCGCUUCGGACGGAUGCCAGAGGCCGAGAAGAGAAAGCUGGUAGCAGGGCUGACAGCCAGUGAGGGGUGCCAGCACAACCCACAGCUGGCCGACCUGAAGGCCUUCUCCAAGCACAUCUACAACGCCUACCUGAAAAACUUCAACAUGACCAAAAAGAAGGCCCGGAGCAUCCUCACCGGCAAGUCCAGCCACAACGCACCCUUUGUCAUCCACGACAUCGAGACACUGUGGCAGGCGGAGAAGGGCCUGGUGUGGAAGCAGCUGGUGAACGGGCUGCCGCCCUACAAGGAGAUCAGCGUGCACGUCUUCUACCGCUGCCAGUGCACCACGGUGGAGACGGUCCGGGAGCUCACCGAGUUCGCCAAGAGCAUCCCCAGCUUCAGCAGCCUCUUCCUCAACGACCAGGUGACCCUCCUCAAGUACGGCGUGCACGAGGCCAUCUUCGCCAUGCUGGCCUCCAUCGUCAACAAGGACGGGCUGCUGGUGGCCAAUGGCAGCGGCUUCGUCACCCACGAGUUCCUGCGCAGCCUCCGCAAGCCCUUCAGUGACAUCAUUGAGCCCAAGUUUGAGUUUGCUGUCAAGUUCAACGCGCUGGAACUGGACGACAGUGACCUGGCGCUCUUCAUUGCGGCCAUCAUUCUGUGUGGAGACCGGCCAGGCCUCAUGAAUGUGCCACAGGUGGAGGCCAUCCAGGACACCAUUCUGCGGGCUCUGGAGGUCCACCUGCAGGUCAACCACCCUGACAGCCCGUACCUCUUCCCCAAGCUGCUGCAGAAGAUGGCUGACCUGCGGCAGCUGGUCACUGAGCAUGCCCAGAUGAUGCAGUGGCUAAAGAAGACAGAGAGCGAGACCUUGCUGCAUCCCCUGCUCCAGGAGAUCUACAAGGACAUGUACUGAGGCCGCGGCCCGGGCCUCCCGCAGGCCCCAGCUGGGCCCAUGGCGCUGUUCUGAGGACCAGCGCACAAGCACUGGGCACAACACUCCAGACUCCCACCCUCCCUGCCUUCUGCCCACCUCUCCCCAGCACUUCCUGUUCUCGCUGUUCCUCGGUACCCUGCCCUUCCACCUUGCCUUCUGUAGCAUCUCCCUCCAGCCUGUCCCCCUGUCUGUCCAACUCAUGUCAGUGAGACAGUUGGUAUGCUGUCUCUCCAUCAGCCCACCUUCCCGGGAGCAGUGGGGCCUGCACCUGCCCGGCCCUGCCUUGCCUCUGUUUCCCUCUUCAAAGACUUGAGCCAUCCAAAGAAACACUAAGGUCUGAGCCCAGCUUUCUGAGAAGCUUGACUGGGGCUGAGUGCUGCCCUAGCCUGUGGUCACCUCACCAUCACAGGGUUCUUCCUGCAGAAGAGAGUAGGCAAGGAAUGUGGGCUGGGAGACAGAUUUCUCUUCUAGGCUGUCUCCUCAGCCCAAGGCGCCCCGCCCCAACUCUGGCACCCUCCAUUCUCCUUGCCAGUGUUCUAGGCCAUUAUCACUGAUGCCCCUUGUGCUGCCCUGGGGAUACCCCCUCCAGAUGGGGUUCCACACCCCAUUGAAGAGGAGGAGGGUAGAAGUUGGCCAGAAGGAACAGCACACUUAGUUCUGAUGCCAGGACUCGGGUUCGGGUCCCGGGUUAGAGGUCAGACAACCCUCCAUCAGUACCCCCACUGGCCUCACCCUGUAGCAGCAUUCAGACUGGCAGAACCCUGCAGGAGAAACUGGACCAUGGCUGCUCUUUCCUUUACCCCAGAGACGCUGGCACACCUGCCCCCGGCAACUGCCUCACCGUAACCAGGACACUGGCUCACCUCUUGGUCACCAUAGGGCCCCGCCCUGCCCUCCCCAAGGUGGCUGGGAGACAGCUGUGGCCCUGUCCCUAGGGUUGGUGACCUGUGAGUAGGCAGAGGUGUCCUGCCACGUUGCCCCUGCCAGCUCACAGGCGGAGUUGCCUGGGCUUCUCCGACCUGUCCCCUCUCACAUUCACACACCCCAGCAGCUCUAUGGCCUUCUCUUUUUUGCCUGGCUGGUCACCAGCUCCCAGCUGCAGCCUCAAGUGGCCUGAGGCUUGCUGGGUGCUCCCAUCCUCGGCCCAGCCCCCUCCAGGAUCUCCUGAGACCAAGAGCUGAGCCCAGCCUAGCAGAGCCAAGGCCCAUCCUGCCCAGGCCCACAGGGAGUCAGCAGCCAGGCUCUCAGAGUAAAGCAUUGGAAGCCUGGGCUUCAAGCCCUGAUGGCCCAGAUCCAUCUGGUCCUUUGUCCCCAGGGCCUUAACUGUUAGACUACAGCUCUGGAGGGAAGUGACUUGGAGAGGGACAGCCCAAUGAAUGUUCCUGCCAAUGCAGUGACCUUCUGUUGCCAGAUUCUCCCUGCUAGCACGUACCCUGUCCCCACCCCCACUGAUCAGGUCUUGGGGUGUUCCCUGUGGGGCCCAGGCUGUGAACGGAGCUGCAUUCCCUGACCCACCCUGUCCCUCACCCCCACCCAGGUCUGGUGCUGAGGAUGCAGCUCCUCUCAGGGUCUGAAGUCUCCAAAACUGAAAUGUAUAUUUUUGCUAGGAGCCCCAGCUUCCUGUGUUUUUAAUAUAAAUAGUGUAUACAGACUGACAGAACUUUAAAUAAAUGGGAAUUAAGUAUUUAA